AUGCAGACGGAGUUAAGAUCUGUAAGCACUAGACGCGAUAACGUCCCCAGUCAUUGCGAUACGGGCACGUCUUGCGCUAUCACGAUACAAAUGCCGAAUCCCGAAGCAGUUGGAUGCGUUGAGAGAUUUGCAACAUUCCUCUCGUUCCUUCUCGUGAUCAUCACCUUCCCGUUCUCACUUUUCGAAUGCUUUAAGGUCGUCCAAGAGUUCGAACGAGCCGUGAUUUUCCGACUGGGUCGAUUGCGGAAAGGCGGCGCCAGAGGACCGGGCCUGUUCUUCGUGCUACCUUGCAUUGACACGUACCGUAAAGUUGACCUUAGGACGGUCUCUUUUGAUGUACCUCCGCAAGAGGUUCUGACAAGAGACUCGGUGACGGUGGCAGUAGACGCGGUGGUGUAUUACAGAAUCAAAGAACCGUUAAACGCUGUGGUUCGUGUUGCGGAUUACAGUGCCUCAACCAGACUGCUAGCAGCAACCACGCUGCGAAAUGUUCUGGGUAUGCGAGACCUAGCUCAGCUAUUGUCAGAUCGCGAGGCUAUCAGCCACAUGAUGCAAGCCAACUUAGACGAGGCCACUGACCCUUGGGGCGUCGAGGUCGAAAGAGUUGAAAUAAAGGACGUGAGGCUUCCCGUGCAACUUCAAAGAGCAAUGGCGGCUGAAGCUGAAGCGGAUAGAGAGGCAAGAGCAAAGAUUAUCGCUGCUGAAGGUGAAAUUAAAGCAUCUAAAGCACUGAAAGAAGCAUCACUUGUCAUGAUCGAUAACCCAAUGGCGCUACAAUUGCGGUAUUUGCAGUCACUUAACACAAUAUCAGCUGAAAAGAAUUCUACGAUAAUUUUCCCCUUUCCCCAUGGACUUCUUGAGAACCUUCUUGGGGGGAGCUGGUCCAAGCAUGGCACCGUCGCUGCCUAUUUGAUAACAGCCCUACUAGAGGUGUGUGAACUUAAAAUGCCUAAAAUUGCUAUU